GACAGCUAGAAGUAUCUUGUUACUUAUUGUGUUAAAACAGGACAACUCAUUUCUUAUCAAAUUUCCAUUUCACAUCGUCUCCAAAUUCACGUGUGCUUCGUUUCCUAAAAUGGUUGUGUUGAAAUUUAUAGUUGAGAAAACUAAUUGCAAAUGUAGGCAUAAUGUUAGUGUGAACCAAACUAUCUAGUGGUUCUGGGCAGUUCAUAAUAUUAGAGCAAUAAUAUUAUUUUGUGAACAAAUUAAAAUGGCAGUCAAGUUAACAGCUAACAUAAAUAAUCCUCCAAUAAGUGGUUUGGCAACUGCUCAUCUUAUAAGCGAGACUAUAGAGAUUGAAAUUGUUUGGGGUAAUGAAACCUCGCUUCAAUUUCUUAAUCAGCGCCGUCUUCUUUGUCAUUCUAACAAUGAUGUGUUGAGGGCCCUGGCACGUGUGGCCCCAGAGUAUAAACUUUAUGGAGAAAACGCUAUUGAACGUACGCAAAUAGACCAUUGGUUGUCGUUUUCAUUAACAUGCGAAGAUGACAUUUCUUGGGCGUUAUCAUUUCUCGAUAAAUCAAUUGCCCCCGUAACCUAUCUAGUGGCAAACAAGUUAACUAUUGCUGAUUUUGCUCUUUUCAACGAGAUGCAUGCACGUUAUGAGUUUCUUUCCACCAACGGCAUACCACAACAUGUGCAACGCUGGUAUAACCUUAUAAAUUCUCAACCCUUGAUUCAAAAAGUUUUACAGGCAUUGCCAGAAGAAGCUCGUACUGCAUCCAAACGGGCAAAAAGAAGCAAUGGUGUUAAACUUAGUGAAUGCGAAAGUGCACAUUUGCCUGGUAAGACCAAAACAAAUGAACGUAAGCAGGAAGGAAAAUUUAUAGAUCUACCCGGUGCCGAAUUUGGGAAGGUAGUAGUACGAUUUCCUCCAGAAGCGUCUGGAUAUUUGCAUAUUGGACAUGCUAAAGCUGCUCUAUUAAAUCAAUACUAUGCAUUAAACUUUAAUGGCAAACUAAUAAUGCGAUUCGAUGACACUAAUCCAGCGAAAGAAACUGUAGAGUUUGAAGAAGUUAUUUUGGGCGAUGUGGAAUUACUACAGAUUAAACCAGAUGUUUUUACUCAUACAUCCAAUUAUUUUGAAAUAAUGUUGAAAUUUUGCGAACAGAUGAUUAAAGAUGGCAAAGCAUAUGUAGAUGAUACGCCAGCGGAUAAAAUGAAAAUUGAACGCGAACAACGUGUGGAAUCAACGAACCGUUCAAAUGAUGUGGAAAGAAACCUAUCUUUAUGGCAGGAAAUGGUGAACGGUACAGAUAUAGGUCAGAAAUGUUGUGUUCGUGCAAAAAUUGAUAUGUCUUCAGCAAAUGGCUGCAUGCGUGAUCCAACUAUAUACCGUUGCAAGAAUGAACCUCACCCACGUACAGGCACAAAAUAUAAGGUCUAUCCAACAUACGAUUUUGCUUGUCCGAUUGUUGAUUCCAUAGAAGGAGUUACGCAUACGUUACGUACAAUGGAAUAUCACGAUCGUGAUGAUCAAUUCUAUUGGUUUAUUGAUGCCCUCAAGUUACGAAAACCGUACAUAUGGGAAUAUAGCCGUUUAAACAUGACAAAUACUGUGUUGUCUAAACGUAAACUGACAUGGUUUGUUGAGUCAGGAUUAGUGGAUGGUUGGGAUGAUCCACGCUUUCCGACAGUGCGGGGAAUUAUUCGCCGAGGCAUGACUGUUGCGGGCUUACGCGAAUUCAUUAUCGCCCAAGGUUCAAGUAAAUCUGUAGUAUUCAUGAAUUGGGACAAAAUUUGGGCAUUUAAUAAGAAAGUGAUCGAUCCGAUUGCACCUCGAUACACUGCGCUCAAUUAUGAAAAUCGAAUUAUUGUUAAUGUUUUAGAUGCAAAGGUAGAAAAAAUUCAGGUACCUAAACAUCCAAAGAACGAAAGUCUAGGAAUGAAAGAAAUAACCAUGGGUCCUCGUAUAUAUAUUGAUUAUGAAGAUGCGAUUGCCCUAAAGGAGGGUGAAAAUGCUACAUUUAUAAAUUGGGGCAACUUGUUAAUAAGAAAAAUAUAUAAAGAUGAUAGCGGUAAAAUAAUAAAAAUUGAUGCGACUUUGAAUUUGGAUAAUAAGGACUUUAAGAAAACAUUAAAACUUACUUGGCUUGCUGUGGAAGACGAUGCUCUUUAUCCGCCCACAUUCUGCGUGUACUUCGACAAUAUUAUAAGUAAAGCAGUUUUAGGGAAAGAUGAAGACUUUAAACAAUACAUCGGUCACAAAACUAGGGAGGAAAUAAGAAUGCUAGGUGAUCCAGAACUUAUGAAAUGCAAAAAAGGAGACAUAAUUCAACUUCAACGUCGCGGAUUCUUUAAAGUUGAUGUUGCUUAUGCGCCAGCCAGUCCUUUCUCGAAUGUUGUAACGCCGGUCAUUCUAUUCUCGAUACCUGAUGGCCACACUAAAGAUAUGCCAUCUUCUGGUUUGAAAAUAAACGCUAAUGCACAAGAUGUGAAAAAUUGCGCUGAAACAUCUAUAGUUCCUAUAUCCAACGCAUCUCUACUUAAUGAAAAGAUCUUGGAGCAAGGCAACGUAAUACGUGAUCUAAAGGCAAAGAAAACGGCAAAGGAUAAAAUCAAUUUAGAAGUUACGAAACUGUUAGAACUGAAAACUGAAUUUAAAACGAUAACUGGUCAAGACUGGAAACCUGGUACAGAAGUAUUUCCUGUAACUGACCAAUCGAAUGCUGAUACCGCUGUUGAGCAAGUACUUAAUAAAAUUACCGAUCAAGGCGACAAAGUCCGUCAACUAAAAUCACAGAAAGCCGAUAAAACAGUUAUAGAAACUGAAGUCAAAGCACUGAUUUCUCUCAAAUCAGAUUAUAAAAAACUUACAGGAAGUGAUUGGAAGCCAGGAACUAUAAAACAAGUAGUUGUCAAGAGGGAAAAGUUUCCAGAACAGCCAUCAGAAAGUGCCGUUGCGGAUUUACUUGGGAAAAUUUCUACACAGGGUGAUAAGGUUCGUCUUCUUAAGAAUGCUAAAGAAGAAAAAAGCAUUAUAGAUACAGAAGUUAAAUUAUUGUUGGCACUAAAAACGGACUAUAAAAGCCUAACUGGACAAGAAUGGAAACCGGGAACCUCUGUCCCGUCUUCUAAAACUGACGAUUCAUCUAAAAUUGAUUUAACCGAGGAAGAUAGCCCAGAUGUCAGUGCACUCCUUACACGGAUAAAAUUACAAGGUGAUAGAAUUCGACUAUUGAAAUCGGAAAAGGCACCUAAGCCUACAAUUGACCAGGAAGUGCAAACAUUGUUGUCUUUAAAAGCUAAUUACAAACAAAAAACUGGCACAGAUUGGACACCCAACAUUAAGAUUAAACCAGAAGGAACUGCCGUUAUUGAGAAAGUUUCGAUGAAAAUGUCGGCUUCAUCAGAAAAAGAAUUGUUAACCAAAGAAAUCAACGCGCAAGGUGAUAAAGUUCGUACUGCCAAAUCGACUAAUUUGUCUAAAGAAAAUAUUGAUGCUGAAGUGAAAAAGUUGUUAGCGCUCAAAACGAAAUACAAAGAAAUUACAGGAACUGAUUUUCCAACCAUUGGUGGACGCGGGGGCAAUGGUUCAAAAAAAGGAAGUGAAAAGAGUAAUUUAACUCAAAACAAGGGAAAGGCACAACUUAAAGAAGAAGCUAAUAUUCAGGCGGGUGGACCUAAAAAGCAGACAAGGUUGGGACUUGAAGCUACCAAAGAGGAAAAUCUUCCCGAAUGGUAUUCGCAGGUUAUUACCAAAGGAGAAUUAAUAGAAUAUUAUGAUGUGUCUGGUUGUUAUAUUUUGCGCCAUUGGUCAUUUGCAAUUUGGAAAUUUAUUAAAAAUUGGUUCGAUGCCGAAAUAACAAAAAUGGGCGUUAAGGAGUGUUACUUUCCCAUAUUUGUUUCGCGUGCCGCUCUCGAGCGGGAAAAGACUCAUAUUGCCGAUUUUGCGCCAGAAGUUGCUUGGGUGACGAAAUCAGGGGAUUCUGAUUUAGCUGAACCAAUUGCUGUGCGUCCUACUUCUGAAACUGUUAUGUAUCCAGCAUAUGCAAAGUGGAUUCAGUCCUAUCGUGAUUUACCCAUACGUUUAAAUCAGUGGAACAACGUUGUGCGGUGGGAAUUCAAGCAUCCUCAGCCUUUCCUGCGCACGCGUGAAUUUCUCUGGCAAGAAGGCCAUACCGCUUUUGCCACAAAAGCAGAAGCCGAUCAAGAAGUACUGGACAUUUUGGAUCGUUACGCGCACAUCUAUACCAAUCUUCUUGCUAUCCCUGUAGUAAAAGGGCGUAAAACAGAAAAGGAGAAAUUUGCUGGAGCCGAUUAUACCACUACUGUAGAAGCAUUUAUUUCCGCGUCGGGACGCGCUAUUCAGGGCGCUACCAGUCAUCAUUUAGGUCAAAACUUCUCGAAAAUGUUCGAGAUCGUGUUUGAAGACCCCGAAACACAACAAAAACAAUUCGUGUUUCAGAAUUCUUGGGGAAUAACUACACGCACAAUUGGCGUCAUGAUUAUGGUGCAUGCAGACAAUCAGGGAUUGGUGUUGCCGCCACAUGUUGCUUCUAUACAAGCCAUUAUUGUGCCUUGUGGCAUAACGGUUAAUACGAAACCCGAUGAACGAGAACGGCUUAUACAAGCUUGUAAAAAGUUGGAAGAACAAUUAAACAUAAAGGGUGUUCGUUGUGAAGGUGAUUACCGUGACAAUUACUCUCCAGGUUGGAAGUUUAAUCAUUGGGAAUUGAAGGGGGUUCCACUUCGUAUCGAAUUUGGUCCAAAGGAUAUGAAAACUAAUCAAAUUGUUGCGGUACGCCGUGACACUGGUGAAAAACUUAUUUUGGCUUUAGACGACGUAGAGUCCAAAAUCAAGCAAUUGUUGGAAACAAUACAUGAUAGUAUGUUAGCAAAAGCGAAAAAAGAUUUGGUUAAUCAUACAAAAAUUACGAAGAAUUGGGCGGAAUUCUGCAAAUUUCUGGAUGCUAAGAACAUUUUACUUUCACCAUUCUGUGGUGAAAUCAGCUGCGAAGAAAAAAUUAAAGGAGACAGCGCAAGAGACGAGGAGGCAGAACCUGGUGCACCUGCUAUGGGCGCUAAAUCACUGUGCAUACCAUUUGAACAGCCUGCUGCGAUUACUGCUAACGAUAAAUGCAUUCAUCCAAGUUGCAUCAAUAAACCCCAAUUUUAUACGUUAUUUGGACGCAGUUACUAAUGUAACAUGAAAUUUGCAACAUGUAUUUUUCCAAAUUAAAUUAAAUUUAAUAAAUGAAAGUGUUUUGUCGUUUAAUAAUGAAUACUAAACAAUGCAUAAUUAAAAUUAUCAAAUUUAUGAAUUGAUUGUAUAUUAUGUUAACAAUUUUAUUUUAGCGACUUUUCAUUUAACAUACAAAUAAACAAGUGCGGAAGAUA